AUGUUUAAACUUGCAAGUCAUCAUUCAAAGAAGAUAAGUUUGUCCUUAAUAAUUGUCAGUCUUUUAUCGUGGAAGUUUUUACCAAACUUAAACAGAUCAGGACAAACACUUCAUCAGGUUACAAAAACAAGUGGUAACAUAGGAUAUGAUAAUCGAAACACACUAAACCAGGUUUUAACAAGAAGUGGUAACACAAUUGGGAACACAAGUGGUAACAGUACACACACACUAAACCAUGUUUUAACAUCAAGUGGUAACACAAGUGGUAACAGUCGACACACACUAAACCAGGUUUUAACAUCAAGUGGCAAUACAAAUGGUAGCAGUCGACAAACACUAAACCAGGUUUUAACAUCAAGUGGUGACAAAGGAUAUGACAGUCGUCCUCACAUGGUUAUGGGAAUCCUUAGUGUCCCACAAAAUUACAAUUUUAGAGAAGCCUCGAGAAACACGUGGAUCAAAAAUAUGAUUAAAAUGAAUAAUGACCUCCCGUUCCGAAUAACGUAUAAAUUUCUACUUGAUGAGGCAACCAAAAAAACAUCAGAGGAAAACAAUAUUCAUCAAGAUAUCUUGUUUUUAAAUAUAACGGAUAGAGGGCGAGCUUUUAAAUUUGGCAAAAAAUUGUACACGUGGAUUAAAUAUAUACAUCAACAUUUUCCAGAUGUUUUACUUGGUGCAAAAUUAGACGAUGAUGCGUAUUUGUGUGUACCUCAGAUAUUUGAAAGAUUAAACUAUGUAAAAUCUAAUCAUUUGUAUUACGGUUUGAAGCAUGGAACUGGCAAGAAAGUUUCUAUAUCAGUAAGAAUAGAUGAGUAUUUUGUUGUUUUGGGAAAAACUCUUAUUACAAGAAUAUCAAAUAAGAGUUACUGUCCAAGUACAAACUGUUCGGAUGGUAUGCUGAUCGAUACAAACAAUGGAGGUACGUCCCUUGGCGCAUGGCUCGCCGGAUAUACAGACAUAGACUUUCAAAGUGACAAUGGAAGAAUGAUUCAACAUUUUCCAUGGCUAAAUAAAAAAUCAAUAAAGUCAAAUCUUUGCGAGAAAAAAGUAGUUGUUCAUAAAAUCUCCGUUGACGGAAUGCGUAAGUUACAAAAUUAUAAUGAAAAUAGAACAUUUGCUUCAAAAGUUUCUAGUAUUGGUUCUGUAAUCGGAAUAAGUUUAACCGGGAAAGUUGUAAAUAAUACACUUGCCUCAAAAGUAUCUAAUUUUGGUUCUGUUACCGGAAUAGAUUUUACCGGAAAAGUGGUAAAUAAUACAUUUGCUUCAAAAGUCUCUAAUAUUGGUUCUGUUACUGGAAUAAAUUUUACACGGAAAGUGGUAAAUAAUACAUUUGCUUCAAAAGUUUCUAGUAUUGGUUCUGUAACUGGGAUAAGUUUCAGCGGGAAAGUGGUAAGAACUCUCCCCUCUACUUUAAAACAGAACAACAUGGCUGUAGCAUAUAAUGACAAUUUUACACACUGUGAUAAUUGGGCUGUGGUUACAACAAUAUUUCCUCCGACAAAAGCCAUUCGUUUCAUUUCAAAGUUGUCCGAUUGGUGUCUCGUUAUUGUGGCUGAUGUCAUAACGCCAUCACAAAAUAACUUUGUAACAAAUAACACCAAAGGAAAUAAAGAGAAAAUCAAAUAUCUUUCUGUGAAAGAACAACAAAUGCUAUACCCUAUGCUUUCAUCUGUUAUUCCCUUUAGACAUUUUGGACGAAAAAAUAUAGGAUAUAUAUAUGCUAUUCAACAUAAAGCCAAAGCCAUAUGGGAUUUCGACGACGAUAACGGAGGGAUAGUAGACUUGAGUGAUUUUAAAUCUGCAAAAUAUUCAACAAACUGUAGAAAGAUGGAUACCAAUCUUUUUAAUCCAUAUCCGUAUUUUGUUAAACCGCAUAUUCGUGUUUGGCCGAGAGGAUUUCCAUUGCAGAACAUAAAAAACAAGAAGACAUUCCCAGAAAUCUGUGAAAUAGAAAAAACAAUCAAAAUUGGUGUUAUUCAGUCAUUAGCUAAUGGCCAAGCAGAUGUUGACGCUAUAUAUCGCUUCACAUAUGACUUCCCUUUCCAUUUCACUGCUGAAAGAAACAUUGUUUUACCAAAGAACAAAUAUGCACCUUUCAAUGCUCAGGCAACGAUGUGGUUUCCGCCAGCAUUUAUGUACAUGGCAUUGCCUUUAAGUGUAAAUGGACGGGUAAGUGAUAUAUGGAGAAGUUAUAUAGCAGACUUCUUUUUUCACAAGACUGGACUGUCUGUGGUGUUCGCCAAACCUUAUGUUAACCACCAAAGAACUGCCCAUUCAAUUAUUGCUGACUUCAAUGGAGAGUCAAGUUUGUACGAAAAGAGCCUUCAGUUGGUCGACUUGCUAUCAAACAGUAGUUUUAACAAUAUGAAAGAGGCAUAUGAAAGUCUGUACCAGAGGAAUUAUAUUGAUGAUAAAGAUUUAAGUUUCAUUAUUGCAUGGACAAAAACAUUUCUAUAUAUCACACAAAAGAAUAAAGAAUAA